UCAGAAUCACCAGCUCAGUAUACAGUUCACUGGACCGAGGGAUUGUGUGCUAUGAAUACUAUGUGCUAAAGAUUAUAAUUGAAAUUUAAUAUAAAUAUGGAGACCUGUGGCUGGAAUUGAAAAGAAUUUUUCAGAGUAUCAUCAAGAAAUCAAUUGCAAAACAUGUCUUUCGUGCAAACUUUAUCCUUUUUAGAUAAUGAUUCCAUCCCUUGGAAAUCUAUCAUCAUUGGUAUUUCAAUUGGUAAAUUCGUUUUCGAGAAUUAUUUGAAAUAUCGUCAAUACCAAGUCUUGAGUAAUCCAUCUCCUCCCAAAGCUUUGAAAUCUGAAAUAACUUUAGAUGUUUUCCAAAAAAGUCAGGACUAUACUAAGACUAAUUUCAGAUUUCAAUUUGUCAAUAGUUUGAGAAGAUUAAUAUCUAAUGUUAUUAGUAUUAAAUAUAAUAUAUUACAUCAAUACUGGUCUAUCAGUAGUGAUGUUUUAUUAAAUCUUUCAUCAGUUUUACCAAUAAGCAUCAGUAACUCACUUAUAGCUCAGGGUCUUGUUUUCUUUGGUAUUAAAAAGGUGGUGGAUCUAUUAAUUUCGCUCCCCUUUGAUUACUACCAGACCUUUGUUAUAGAAGAGAAAUUUGGCUUCAACAAAUUUACUUUGAAAUCUUGGUCAAGGGAUAAGUUUCUUCUGUUUAUUAUAAGUAGUAUAUUUCUGUCAAUUUUUACUUUAUCUUUAGGAGCUAUUAUAGAUCAUUUUGGAGAUAAUUAUGUUGUUUAUGGUAUUGCAUUUUAUGCUAUUUUUAUUUUAUUCAUUUUCACUAUAUCUCCAAGUCUCCUUUCACCAUUGUUUUACAAGUUCACUCCAUUAGAGCAAGGUAAGUUGAGAGAUGAAAUUGAAGAAUUGGCUGCAAAACAUGGUUUCCCAUCAAGAGAUUUAUACGUCAUUGAUGGCUCAUCAAAGAGCUCUCAUUCGAACGCUUUCUUGACCGGUCUACCAUGGAAUAAGAGAAUCGUUCUCUUUGACACUUUGAUUAACGACCAUUCUAAUGAAGAAGUUGUUGCUAUAGUUGCACAUGAAUUUGGGCACUACAAAUAUGGCCAUACUAACAAGUUAACCAUUUUUAGUAUCGCUGACGCAGCAUUGUGGGUCUACUCAUCCUCUGGAUUGAUCGGAAAUGAGUCCUUACUUAAAGAAUUUGGAUUUGAUGGUAAUACUCCAGGGUUUAUUGGCUAUAUAUUAUUUGAGAAGGUCUUUGACUUUUUUUCAGUGAUUGAACAACUUGCUAGUAACUUGCUUGUUAGAAGUUUUGAAUAUACGGCUGAUAAACAUGCCAAAGAUAUUGGGUAUUCUUCUAGUCUCAGAUCCGGGUUAAUCAAAUUAUUAGGUUUGAAUUUAAUGGCCACCGAUCUGGAUUGGUUGUAUUCAACAUAUUUUCAAAAUCAUCCUGACUUGGUUGAGAGAUUAACUGCUAUAGAUUAUGUUGAAGAUAAGUCACUUAAAAAAGAUUAGUUCUUCAUUGUUUGUAUAAAGUUUAUAUUAUUUCUAGAAUCUAAUUGCUUUAAUAAAUAGUUAUUACAUUUCUAACUGAAUAAAUAUCUGGUACUUGUUAUAUAUAAUUAACAAUUAUGAUCUUUAUGUAAUUUUUUGUUUACUGUUGCGUGCUGCAAAAA